GGAUACGAAAUAACAUUUGGUGUAAAUAUUUGUAUAAAUAUUUCUAUAAUAAUAGGAAUUUAUAAUAAGAGAAAUACAACAUUGAAAAGUAAGACAUUUAUAGAUUUUGUACAUUUAUAUUCAUAUAAUUACUUCAGAAAUCGAAGAAGCCAUGAGUUAUACGAUCGACAAAUUCUGGGACAACAGAUCCAUUGCCGCCGAAGACAAAAUUCAUUUGCACUUUGAAUACGUGGCCAAUGAUGCGACUGGGGGUAGGGAUCUGCGGAUCCAAAUACAGGCGCCCUUUUACGACGACCCGCAUAUGAAUGACACGACACCCGUGGGCUCUAUGGAUAAGCUGUGGGACUGGGAAGUCGUCGAAGUCUUCUUUUUAGGCUCCGAUGACCGCUAUCUCGAGACAGAGUUUGCUCCCAAAGGCCAGUACCUAUUGCUUCAACUGCACGGCGCCGGCAAUGUCACCAAAUAUCCCAUCCCUUUGGACACCUAUUCAGCCAAAAUU